AUGAUCGAUUAUCAUGCUGUCAUGGAGGAUAUAGGGCGACAGAUGGCGCACAAAGCCGUGGCCAAGAGCUCGUCUCCUACAACCACCUCCAACAAUAAGAACACACACACACGCGGAGAUCCGGCCUUCAUACCACACACUGCUGACACACUACACACUGCUGCACCACAGAUCCACAAGAAUGCAACGCAGGACGACAUUAAGAAAGCUUACAGGAAACUGGCCCUAAAAUGGCACCCCGACAAGAACCCGGAGAAUAAGGACGAAGCCGAGGGGAAGUUCAAAGAGCUGUCGGAGGCAUAUGAGGUGCUCUCAGAUGAGAACAAGAGGGAUAUUUAUGACCGAUACGGCAAAGAAGGCCUUUCAGGAGGCGGAGGCGGCGGUGGAGGAGGUCACUACGAUCACUUUGGCGGCGGCGGCUUCACAUUCCGGAACCCAGAAGACGUUUUCAGGGAAUUCUUCGGCGGCAGAGAUCCGUUUGCAGAUUUCUUUGGGGACGACGACGAUUUCUUUGGGGGCUUUCACAGUCGGCACAGAGGGGGCAGCCGGCAACCAAUGGGGGGCUCGGUUUUCGGGUUUGGAGGCCUCCCAGCAUUUGGUCAUCACGGCUUCUCAGCGUUUGAUUCAGGUUUUGGCUCCUUCGGCGGCAACAUGGGCGGCGGCUUCACGUCAUUCUCGUCUUCAUCGUUUGGCGGCGGCGGAGGAGGAGGUGGAGGCGGCGGCGGCAACUUCAAAUCCGUGUCAACCUCCACAAAGUUUAUCAACGGCAGAAAAAUCACAACAAAGCGGAUCGUGGAGAACGGUCAGGAGCGAGUGGAAGUGGAGGAGGACGGCCAGUUAAAAUCUUUAACAGUUAAUGAGAUUGGAACAGAAGACCCCCCGGAGGAAGAGUUUCGCCGGCGCAGACAGAGCGCUCUCCCCAGCAGCGGCGCGCACCAUCAGAGGCACCUGCGAAGCUCCGCCCACAGCCCGUCAGAGGAGGAGGAGGAGCUGGCCACAACUCGAGGACACGACUCAAAGAGGAAGAAAAUGUGGCUGAAAGAGGCCGACUCCAGGAAGAAGCGCUCCCCUUGGCUUUUCCAUAGAUUUGGUGGAUUUGGCUCAUUUGGAUCAUACUUUUAA